GGCGCUGAGCGGGUGACGCGGCAGCUCCCGCGGGGCAUAAAUAGCGGUGGCAGCGCCGCUCCUGCUGCGGACACGUCGAGGGAUCCUCGCGCGCUUCCUCACGCUGCUGCGCUGCGCCAUGCGGUGAGCGACCCGCCCAUCCGCCACGCCACGCCCGGACCGAGACACCCCGGAUCUGCACCGACCAGCCACACCCGGUUCCCACCGCUGCUCAAGAUGGCCAGACGCAGCGUCCUCCUGCUAGCUUGGCUCCUGCUGGCUGUGACCCUGUCAGCCACUCUGGGGCUUGGGAUGCCAGCAAAGGAGAAGAGAGGCUGGACCCUGAACAGCGCUGGCUACCUUCUGGGCCCACAUGCCAUUGACAACCACAGAUCAUUUAGCGACAAGCAUGGCCUCACAGGCAAGCGGGAGCUACAACUGGAAGCAGAGGAAGGGAGACCAGGAAGCGUUGAUGGGCCCCUGCCUGAGAGCAACAUCGUGCACACCAUAAUGGAGUUCCUGAGUUUCCUGCACCUUAAAGAGGCCGGGGCCCUCGACAGCCUGCCUGGCCUCCCUUUGGCCACCUCCUCAGAAGACCUAGAGCAGUCCUGAGACCAUGCUCACAGGGCACUUGUGUCCUGUGCUGUAACUGAAAGUCACUCCAGGAAGAAUCUUCUGCCAGCUCCUCAAGCAAACCCUCUGUUCUCCGCUUUGAUCCUGUGUUGUUAUAACUAAGAUGUUUUGAUUGGAGUAAAUAUAUUGUGACACAAUAAAGACUAGCAAGUA